GUAGAUUACGCACAAUCCCUCCGCCGGCAGGGCCAGCAGGUCGCUGUGCCAUCAGUCCCCUGCCGUGGCGCCCAGAGCGGGGACCAGGAUGGCGCGGGUCGGAGGCUGGGGGCGCAGCUGACUGCGGGCGCGAGGCACCGGAGAGCGCCCGAGCCAUCGGGGCCCAGAGCCGCCUCUGCCCGCCCAUCUGCAGCCAGCAAACUCUGUGUCCCCCCAAAACCCGGGCCCUCUGCGGGAAUGUUCAAAAAUGAGUACCAGGGAGGUGCAUUUGUUGAAAUUUUUAGCGCUCAGGGGAAAAAUCCUGGAGCAAAAUGGAAGAUCUUCGGCAGUCCAUCUGUGAUUUGGAAAGAAUUUGAUAAAGAAGUUAAAAGUUUUGUAUUUGUCCUGGAAGGUAGCAGCCAAACCAACAGAAUUCAAUUGCCAAAGGAGAACAAGCAAAUCCUUGGACUGAUCCAGAGGUUUCUGGUACUUCAGAUUUACAUACCCCUGGGACAGGACUUCUCGACUGAAUUACUAAUUACUGAUUUAGGAAACAUCAAAAGAAGAUUGUAUUUAUCAACAGUCCAUAAGGAACUGUCCUCAACCCCUCUUCAUGCAAAAAUUCCACUCUUCAUGAUCAAGCGUAAAAUUUGGUGCAAUCUGUGCAUUGACCUGGUCGCCUUCACGAGUGAGAUAUUCAAGGGAGCAGUUUUCCAGUCGCUGGAUGGAAUUAUUGUCUCCGCUAACUGUAAGCUACGGAAGAUCUUCACUUUAAAAUCAAAGCCUCAGGAAACAGCCGAUAAAGAUGAUGAACCCACAGAUAUUAUUCCACGAAGCUGUCAACUCUCAGCAGAUGUUCCUCAUGUCACACAGCUGUUAAACAUGACAAAACUCCGCCAAACUGAAAUACAAUUUGGAGGUCAUCCUCUGAGAUCAGCAGAAUCAGACCAGUUCAUCAACAGAGGAGCAGGCAGCAUCCGGAACAGUAAAAGUCAAGAUGUUUGCCACAUUGCCUUCGGCUCCAGGGUUCUUGGACCUCCUCCACUCUCUGGCAGACGGAAUAACCUAAGACUUUCCAGUGAGACAGUAAGAUCCACUGGGUCCAAAAAUAGCCAGUUGUGCCAGCAGCCUACAGUGGAGAAGCGUGUUAACAGUGCAGAAGUGUCAGCCUUGCUGACACCUGAGUCUGAGCAGCAAGGAGACAAAGGAAAUAGUCGCCAAACGAAGCAGACCACACCUAUUCCUGAACCAUCAGCAGAGAAGAGUAACAACAGAAGAAGAUUUAGGUUGCAGAGCAGCAGCAGAGAAAGGACAGAGGCACAAGGUGGUAGUUCCUUGGGAAAUAACAGAAAUGAAGAUGGAGAAGAUACCACCUUCAACAGUAUCACACAGCCUUUGAGGACAGAGCCAGUGAGCUCUGGCACUCCAGAACCCCAGGCUCCUGAUCAAGCAGAUGAGUGGGUAUUUCCUGAAACUGCUAACCCGACCUCUGAGCCAGCAUGUGUCAGUCAGUCUUCACUCAUGGAUGGGGACUCAUGCGUGGCUUCACACCUGUGGCUGGAAACCAGCAAGGACAGUGAACCUGACCAAGCAGAGGAAACACAGAUGUCUCCCAAGGACAUUUUCACCUUUUCAUCUAGACCAAGAUCAGCGCCUCAUGGGAAAAGUCAUGAUAUGUUCACCAAGGUGUGCCCGUUUAUUCUGGACCGAAAGGAGGACAACAGAUUGACAAGGAGAGACACCAGGUUGGAAGACGAUUUUUAUGGCAGCGACAGCAGCGAAGAGGAAUACAACUGGAGAAACUAUCAGCCCAGCCAGAUGAGCGAAUCCGAGCUGCAGAUGCUGGCAAGCCUCAGACGGCAGCAGAAUGAAGACCUGGAGGACCCUGGGGCUCCUCAUGGCCUGAGUGCAUCCCAGGUGGACAACUGCAAUGUCAGCAUCAGUACCAGCAGUGAUGACACGACCACAUGGAACUCCUGCCUGCCACCUCCAGUGAACCAGGGCCGUCACUACCAAAAAGAAAUGAAUCCACCUUCUCCAUCUAACCCUCGAGACUGGUUGAACAUGCUGAGCCCACCGAUUGUCCCUCCCAGUCAGCAGCCGGCGGAGCAGCCUCAGGAGUCCUCUGCAAGUUUGAGUGGGCAAGGUGAGGAGGACCCAAGUGUGGAAGAAGAUGAGGAAGUGCUGACUCUGUUGUACGACCCGUGUCUCAACUGCUACUUUGACCCCCAGACUGGAAAAUACUAUGAGUUGGUCUAGCUCCCGCCUCCAGGACUGGAGAUGACCCUGGUCACUGCAGAUGAUCGUGACAGCAACAUCAAGUCCACAGUAGGCUCCGUGGACCUGGGUGUUGGGCAGGGGCUCCCAAGGAGUCUAAAGGAACGGAGAGAAGAGCUCUGUAAAUAAUAUUCAAUGUUAAGUAGGUCUGCAUUCUCUUUGUAGCUGUGUGUACGUGGCUUUAAAACUUGUGAAGGAAUUAAUACAGGCACCAUAUUUUAGGUUUAAAAUUUGUUCUUAGUUGUUAAUUCCAGUCCUCUAAUUCUCAUUCCGUAUAUGUUAUGUAACCAAAUUAAGAAUUACUCAUUCAAAUUUUUCCAGUGUUAAUCUAUAAUAAAUGAUGGCUUGAUACACUAUAGGAAGUAUGUUCUUGUUUAAAAGAUGUCUGAAACCUUU